AAAGGAGGCCAUUAUUGCUUCGAAGUUAUGUAGGUGGUUCGAAGGCGAUGAAUUUGUUGAGUAUGUAGAUGUCUUAAUAACGUUUCGUUGUUUUCGAUUUUUUUUUAAAUCGAAAACUUACUACACAGAACUUUUUGUCUGAGCACGUUUUGAUGCUGGUAAACUGAAAUGGCAGAGGCAGGUCGGAAAUAUAACUUUAAAAUUGUUCUUCUUGGAGAGGGAUGUGUUGGAAAAACGUCUCUUGUGUUACGAUAUGUGGAAAACAAGUUCAACGAUAAACACGUAACAACUUUACAGGCCUCGUUUUUAAACAAGAAACUGAAUGUUGGUGGCAAGAGAGUGAACUUGGCCAUUUGGGACACUGCAGGGCAAGAACGAUUUCAUGCUUUGGGACCUAUAUACUACCGGGAUAGCAAUGGAGCAAUUCUUGUUUAUGACAUUACAGAUGAAGAUUCAUUUCAGAAGGUGAAGAACUGGGUUCGUGAGCUAAGGCGCAUGCUUGGGCAGGAUGUAUGUCUGUGCAUUGUUGGCAACAAAACUGACUUGGAGAAAGACAGACAUGUUCCUGUGGAUGAAGCAGAGGCAUAUGCUGGAUCAGUAAACGCUAAACAUUAUCACACAUCUGCAAAGCUGAACAGAGGUAUAGAGGAGCUGUUUCUUGAUUUAAGCAAAGGCAUGAUGGAAAAGUCAGAAAGCACACUUGGACGACAUCAUUCUGGAACUGGUGGUCGAUCAGGUGUGGUAGUAGUAGAUGAUGAGCAACAGAGUGCUAGAAAAAGUGGAGGCUGCUGUGGAUAAGAGCAUGACUUGCAUACUGAUAUAAAUUAGACCCUACCAAAUGCAUGGUAACAGCAACCAGAAGUGCUGAAUGAUCUUUUACUAUUUGUGCGUAACUGUAAACAAAAUUGCCAUAGGUUACCUUCUGUCUAGCAGUGCACAGCACUUUCUUUGAUUCAGCAUGUGCCUUGUGUUUUUGGAUGUGGAGCCUCGCAUGCUACCAUUGUUUUAAACCAUGUAUUAGGACAACAUAUUAUUAAAAGCCAAUGUUUAACUGUCAAUGAGCAAGAUAGUUUCUCUUUAGCUGGCAGAAAGAUUUUUCAGGAUCCAUUGCUUUGUGGUUUCAUCUCUUUGUGUCAUAUUGGAUGCAAUUUUGUAUGUAUAUGUGUAUGAAAAUACAUAAAUUGGAAAGAGUAUUUGUGCAUGCGUGUUGUAUGUGUGAAUGUACUCAAGCAUAUGCUUACAGGGGGCGGGAAUUGCACGAGUAUGUGGAUUAUUCUGGCAACACAGUUGUGUAUCUGUUCUAAAGUAGGUCAAGUGCUUGGUGCAAGGUUAUGGGCUGUGGUGUGUGCAUGCACAAAGGUUAAUUUGCAUAACGUAGUCAAAUUCUUGAUGUAAAAAUGCUUUUUACACCAGAAAUUUGUAUUAGAAACAAUUGUUGAAAGAAGUCAUGUACAUGUAUGGGAGUGUUUGGCAGGUCAGCCAAACCAAAUGUGUCGAUGACCUUGCAUCAGUAAUAAGCCUUGUUUGAUAAUCAGACCAGUCAGCAAUCCAUUUUCUGUGUAAAAGCUUUUCAUAUUUUUAAGAGGAAGGGACGUUAAUCUGAUUAUUAUAGGUAUAUAUUUGUUACAGAAAAUGUACAGUUUGCUGGCAUAAUGGAUUAGUUUCUUUUGACAUUUUGUCUUCGUUUUACAAAAUGGGAGAAAGUGCAAAUAUUACAGGUGACAUGAUUAGUGAGUGGUAAAUGAUAUGCACACUGGUAAUUGUAGAAAAAUGUUAACAAUCUGAAAUAAAAAAAUAAAACAUAUUUGUGCAUAUCA